AUGGCGACUGAAGCUGGUCGUUUUUCCUUCUAUGCUGUUCGAAGAGGACGUGUCCCAGGCAUUUACAGGUCAUGGGAGGAAUGCGAGCAUCAGGUGAACGGGUUCCGGAACAAUGAACAUCGUGGCUUCCAUGAUCUGUUGGAAGCCUUGGCUUGGCUGCGUAGUGCCGUAUCUCCUCCUGCUCGUCGGCCAACACCACAUCCUCAACCGGAAAUCAACACGAACGAUGAGCGUGUGCUGUUCGAAUUCACAGUGGUUCUGCCUCACAAUAGCAGAGGUAUAGAUCUCGUGGCUCAUGGUCCUUUGUGUUAUGAGGAACGUGUUGCUCGUUAA